AGGUUCAAGCAUUGAAUCGCCAAAUUCGCUGCCGCCCACCAUGUCGACGAUUCCCAGAACGCUCAACAACCUCCGCAAGGUUGGUAUCAAGGAUUACUUCACCCAGAUGCUGUACAUCGGAGAUACCAAGUUUGGGCGCUAUGUCGGCACCGAUCGCGCCGGCAACAAGUUCUUCGAGAACAUGGAGGAGCUUCCCCUCCGAACCCGCUGGGUCGAAUACGCCAAGCACGACUACGACGCCGGCCAGAUCGAGCCCGGAUGGCACGCCUGGAUCAGCUACUCUGUCGACAAGCCCCCUGUGGAGGACCACCUCAUGGCUACAGGCACCCGCGCCUUUGAGCCUCUCAAGCCCCGUCCCAACUUCACCCAGACAAGAGGCGCCUUCAAGACCUACAACACUACCAAGCCCAAGAUUUCUGCUUGGCAACCCGUCGCUGCUCAGCGAUCGUAAUUAGAAGGGGGAAACGGCAUGUGUGUAGGAAGUUGGAACUAGGAUCUUGUACAUAACGAACUCGAAAGCAAUUGAAACAACUAUUUUUUUUUCUUUGUUUAAUGCACAAUGGACCACAA